AUGAGCUGGUUCAUGAGAGUGUCCAGACUGACUGUGGCUGUGGCCAUUAUUAAAUCCAGACCAUCAGAAGGUGUCAGACACUUCAAAUCUCUCUCUAAAACACUCAAACAGCAGGACGAGGGCUGGAAAUCUACAGCAUGUGGUCUUCAGGAAGAUCUGCUGCGUCUCAGACAGGAGCUGAUUCUUACACGCUCACUGCUGAAGGCUGAGAGACGCGCCGGACCACCAGACGGUCAACAAGUUGUGGAAGGUCUCUCUCAGGACGACACGCAACAGUUAAAGAGCGACUCCUCCGGCUGUGACUUUGAUAUCACCUCACACCGCAGAGAGGCUCCGUGUUUACCGCUCACUCCUCCAAACAGUCAGAAAGUCAUUGUUCAGGGCAGGUCGUGGCGGCAGGACUGCGGUCUGGUGAAGCACAUGCGGUUCCUGCAGUGUCUGAGCGGUCUGCGUAGGGAUUAUGGGCCGCUGUGCGUAGAUGAUGAUGAUGAGGUGGUCUGGGACUCGGUGGUACAGUUACUGGAUUGUGUACUGGAGGUUUUCAGACAGGCACAUGUCGGACAGCCUGUACAUCAUCCAGAGCUGCUUCGCCACGCCACACAGGUGAUGGCACAGACCCUCGGUGGAGACAAAACAGAUCGAUGGCCUUCACUUGAGCGUUUCAGAAGAGUGGAAGAUCUGUUGAAAGAGAUGAUCUGUCUACUGCUAACCAGCCAUCUAGUCAAUGAGUUCUCAGUGAAGGCUCUGAUGUCCGAGUGUCUGAUGACUCUGGGAGAAAGUCGUGGCGUGAGAGCCGCUCUCGUCAAGAUCCUAAUGUCACACAUCGUUCAGCUGGCACAACAUCUGUGGGACAUCUGUCAGAGUUCUUCAGAUGGUCAGAUGGAUUAUAUCCGCUAUGAGAAUUCCUUCUAUGUGUUCUGGAUGUUGGAGCAGCUGUCUGCAGACGCUGAUGUGGAGCAGGAGCUCAUAUCCCAGCUGGAAACUGGAGCGUUCUCUCUCUCAGAUGAGUUUCCUCUCUUCUCUCUCUACAUGUGGAGGAUUGGCGGUCUCUACAGAACCACUGCCAUGAGACCUGAUGAGACAGAAUGUUCCUGAGAGCUGUCGUACAGGAAGAGCCUGUAUACACACACACACACACACACACACACACACACACACCGUCACAAACUUAAACACAUGUCCAUAACAUCCUAUCUGAUUCUGUAAAAGAAGUGAAAAAAGAUCUGUUUUAGAUGCAUCAACCAUUAGUUACUGUUCAGCUCUUUAAACGUUUUUGUGCUAAUAUACAGUCUGCACUCUUUUUCAGAGAGUUGUGUUUCUUUAAAAGCACAUUUAAAAAAAGGUUGGGUGUGUCUGUAUUCCACUUAAAGGGACAGUUCAGAAUAAAAAUUCUUUCAUCAUUAACUCACCCUUUUUCCAUUUCAAACCUGUUUAAAUGUCUUUGUCCUGGUGAACACAAAGGAAGAUAUUUGUAAGAAUGUCAGUAAUCAAACAGAUCUCAUCCCCCAUUUACUUCCAUAAAUACUAUGGCAGUCAAUGAGGGAUGAGAUUUGUUUUGAACAAUCUGAGGGUGCGUAAAUGAUGACAGAAUUUUCUUUUUUGGGUGAACUGUCCCUUUAACCGUGGGUUGAAACAACCAAGCAUGUUGUGUGCUAUACUAACAUUUACUCAUGUGUUGUUAUUGUGAGUUUUCUGUAGUGCAUGUUUCCCGUGUUUUUAUUUUCAGCACAUGGUCUCACAGCAGGCUUGUUUUGAGAUGAGCACUUAGUCACAUAUGGAUUUAAUGUGAAAAGAAAUUUGUCACGCUUGGCUCUACACUUUCUUUAAAGGACGUCAUAUGACUAUUUUUAGAAAUGUUUCACAUACUGUAUAUGUUUCACUGGUGUCUGACCCUGUGAUGUAAACACUCGGAUUGGCUGUUCACCUUUAAGACUUGAGUUGAAACUCUGUUAUGACUGGCUUACACCUUUGCCAAAGAAAAUAACCAGCAGAGCCACAGACUGAUCCUGAAUCAGACAAACAUCACACCGGUCUGUUCAUGUUCAGAUGCAUUAAAUAUACAUCAAAUACUCUUGGGUUAUUUCAACCUUGAGUUGGGUCAAAGAGGGCCAACCGAAGGGUUGUUUUACAAACACUUUCUGGGUUAAUUGAAGCCAGCGGUUGUGUUUGUUUCUUUUUUUAACCCAAAGCUAGUGUGAACACAGCAAAGUUAGCCGACUCCUGAAAUCUUCAGUUAUGAACCGUAGAAAAAGUGUGAGAUUGUGUUAUUUAAUAAUUAACACCUUAAAAUAAACAACUCUGCAUUUAGGAGUAAAAAAUACUGAAAACUUCA